AUGUGGGCACCGAAAGUCCUGCUGUUCAUCUGCUUGCCGAGAUAUUCUGCUGCAGCAGUGCAUGCGCGAGUUGAUGCGGAGGGCAGCAUUACAGAAGCUCGAAGAAUGAUGAGAGUGGAGGAGGCGUCGCUUCAGCGAGGUGACAUGUCCAAGGGACACUUAGCGAUAGGCUCCCAUGGAGCCGUCGACACCGCCGCCACCACGGUCACCAGCACCAGAACCGCCUCCCUCCGGUCCGUCACCGGAAAGCCCUUCGCAGUAGCAGAUGAGGCUGAUGAAGCCUUGAAUGCAGGAGCCCUAGCAGCCGCAGAGCUGCGUGGAAAGGGUCAAAAGCCACAUCAGCAAGCCAUCGCCGCGGCAGACGCGGCGGCCCGAGCAGCCAAGGCUGCCGGUAGGCCCUUUGAGCAGGUCGCCUUCGCCUCAGCAAAGGCAGCGGCCCUGGCCGUGCAGACGGCAGGUGGCUCUUUACAGCAGGGCUGCGUUGAAGCUGCGCGUGCGGCGUCCUACGCUGCUAAGACCGAGCAGACCGUGGCGAUUCCUGCGGCAUCGAGCAAUGCCGCCUUUUCAGCACUGCGGUCCAUGGGCCUGCCAGACGGCGAGAUGACGGAGUGCCUGGCGCUUGCAGUAAAGACGGCCUGCAAAGCAAACGGCACACAGCCAGAGUCCCUAGCAGAGUGCGCUGGGUCCACGGCCAUGGCGGCAGCACAACACGCAGGAAUGACGGAAGAUGAGCAAGCCGAAGUCGCCGGAAAGGCAGUGCAGGUCAUCACGGUCGUCACCGAGAGCCCUGAGCCAGAGGCUGUGGAGACCACGGAGAAUCCGGAGCUGCAAGUCUUAAUCAGAGAAGUGGAGGAGGCAAAGAAGGCUGCGCAGGACGCCGCGAUUGCAGCCGGCAUGGCCCAUGUAGAGGCUGAGAAGGCCAAGGCUGAGGCGAAGGUCGCGACGACGACGACGUCGCCGCCGACGACCACAGUGCCGAGCAAUGCGACCUUUGAGACGGAGGUCAUCGUCACAGAGGCUCCCCAGCCUGCAUCUGCGACCGCCGCACCUUCCAUGACCACUCCCGCACAGACACGUCGGCCAUGCCCAGACAGCACCCGGGCUCCUAGAGGAACCUGGGUGGUCUACAAUCUAAGUGCCACGCCCAUUCUGCACUCCUGCCUCGUUCGAUCCGUCAAGGACAGGGUGCCGGACGAGUGUUGCUCCGCGAACGGUGCCGAGAACAUGGUGGGUGCGACCUUCCAGGAGCUCUACUAUUCCAACGAAUAUGGCACCUGUCCUACGCUCACCUUCGCUGGUCCGCUUGCUGGUACCAGGGUCAAGUUGCAGUGCAACUUUGACAACACCAUCACCUACGGAGAAAGCAGAUGUGGGGCAGAUUGCAGCUGCGCCUUCGAAGACGUCUACGGGCCUGGUUGCUACAGGGCAAGCGAUGCCCUGCCGGGUACUGCCUGGUUCUUCAUGACGGCUGGAUGUGAUUGUACUGAUGCCAAGGCCGUGCAGCCGCAUCAGUUUAGCUUGCCACCCCUUGACCAGAACGUCAGAGCUGGGGACAUCUUGAAUGUUGGACCAGAGGAAGCCGCGAAGGCGAUGAACCGACAGCGGCAGCAGUUGCGAACAUUCCACGACGAGAUGGUGAAGGACGAGCAGGUGCUCGCUGGUGUUGUCGGAAAGCUCUCCAGCGGCAAGCCGAUUGCCGAUGCCAUCUUUGGCAUGGACACCGGUGAACUACCAGAGCAAGCAACGAAACGGAUGCUGGAAGUAGCAACUCAGGAUCCCGCCACCGCCAAGUAUGCCAUCAACGCCACGGUGUCCAUCAUGGGCCACGCUUUGUCGACCCUGAAAUCCGGCAAGCCACUGGCAGAUGCAGUGUUUGGUGGAGACACGAGCCACCUAAUCCAGCCACACCUGCUCCAGAACCCGAUGGCUCAUGGACCAGGCGAGCAAGACUUCUCUUUACCGUUGUCCUCCUUCGGAGGGAAGUUGCCAGACUUUCACAGCGAGGCAACCGGUCAGCCAGUCGUUGAGACUGUGCGCUUUGCCGGGGAGUUCAAAGCCAUCAUUGGGGACAACGUCCAACAAUUUCUGCAAGAGUGCUCCGAAAAGCUCAAGCCGGUGAGUUGUAAAGACGCGCAGCCCGGCUCGGUGGUCGUCACGCUGUCUGCGGCCAACUGGGCAGAUCUCCACACCGCGAAUGCCCUCAUUGACCAGGGGGGCUUCGAACUGCCAAGCUUUGGCAAGUUCGAGAAGGAGCAGGAGAGUCCCAAGGCUGGACCGAAAUCGGCCAAGGAGGCUUUCGACGCUGCCGCGGAGAAGACGCCGGAAGAGACAAAAGCCGACCUGCUCAAUCCGGAUAUGACAGCCAACGACGUGAAGAUUGUGCAGAGCAUCUUUGACAAGGUCCACGAAGAAGAGGAGAAGGAGGCCGAGGAAGGAAAGCCAGCCAAAGGAAGCGCUCAGGAGGCAAGCGCAGAGGCUGUGCCUACUGCAGAAGAGAGGUCGGCCGGGGAUGCGAUCGUCGGGGUCUUCUUGCUGCUCUUCGGCUUCGGCUGCGUCGGGUUCUGUGUCUACUACUGGUCGGCGGCGUCCAAGCGAGUGAAACAGAGACUACAAACUGCAGCCUCUAAACGGCUCAUGAAGCGUGGCAAGGAGGGGGACACCCAGCUCUAUGUCACCAGCAUUGAAGGUCUCCAGGCAGGUGAGCAAGUUGUUCUCGGCAAGGAGACGGUCACCGUCGAGAACGUGGCCUUUGUCGUCACACUUAGUGAUGGGCUGACAGAUGCGUGUAAGUCUGGGGAUGACGUUGUCAAAACUCCCGAAGAUUCUGAAAGUGCAGAUCAGAAACCUGCCCUGGUCAAAGAUGCGGCUUCAGGCGACAAAGAACUUGUCGUAAGCAGCGCUCUUGUUGCGAAGAAGGGCGACAGGCUCAAGAUCGGUGCUGCAGCUCAGGAGUUGACAGUGAAGUCGGUAGCCAAGAUCGUGAUCGUGACCCCAGAAUUGAAGACAGCACACGCGAUAGGCACCAAGUUGCGCAAGCCGGGCGAGCCGGAGAAGGAUGCUGACAAAGACGAGGCGGCAGAAGAGACGGCCGCAGAGGAGACACCAGGCGACGAGACUGAGGAGAAGCCACGGGAGCCACCCGCCAGCUCACAGGACUGA